AUGCCCAAACAGGAGAGAGAACUAGCAAUGGAGGAAACACAUCCUGGAGUAUCUAUGCAGGGGUCAAGACUUUCCAAAGAAGUUAUACGCCUGGGCCCAGCUUCGAGAGAUACAGACGACGAAUCCGACACGGAGAAACUGAGGAAGAUUCCUCCAGAUGAUAUUACGGUGGCAGUAUUUUGUGCCCUUCCAUUCGAAUCCGUGGCAGUCAAGUAUUGCCUGGAUGAAGAACUCGACUGCCACCCAUUUACUUGGGGUCCAGCAAAAUACGUAUACUCAUUUGGCCGUAUCAAAGAUCACCACCUUGUCAUAGCGCGACCUCAAGUAGGCCCCGUGAAAGCCGCUCAAUGCGCCGCGACUGUCACCCAACAGUUUCAGAACAUCCGCUUCGCUCUAAUGGUCGGUAUUGGGGCCGGCAUUCCCAGUGCUAAGCGCGAUAUCCGUCUUGGUGACAUCGCCGUCAGCAUUCCUCGAGACGAUCACCCUGGAGUCAUCCAAUACGAUUUCGGCAAAUACGAGCUGAAUGGAAGUUUCAUCCUGAAAGGCUGCCUUGAUAAACCCCCUCCCAUCUUGAUUAACGCAGACGGUGCAUUGGAGGAGCUCGAGAUACAGCAGAAGAGUCCGCUAGAGAAGAUAAUUUCGAGAAUCACCAAACAACCAUCAUUUUUUCGCCCAACGAGUGAGGACAUUCUCUUUGAGGCGGACUUCAGCCAUGUCAAAGGUGAUAAUUGUAUCACAUGCAAGGAACUCGGCGCCGAUAAAGUCAUAAGUCGCCCUAUCCGUGAACAACCCAAGGUCCACAGGGGUCUCAUACUCUCAGGUGGCGGUGUUAUAAAAAACAAUGAAGAUAAGGACCGCUUACGCCGAGGCCGGGAUGAUGCCGUGUGCUUCGAAAUGGAAGCAGCUGGCAUCAUGGAUGAAAUCCCCUGUCUGGUAGUUCGAGGAAUAUCUGAUUACGGCGACAGCCACAAACACGAUGAUUGGCAAAAUUAUGCCGCGGGAGUCGCUGCAGCCUAUGCCAGAGCACUUCUCCGGAGGAUCAAUGGCAAAGAAGUGAAAGAGACGGCGCUUAUGAGGAAGGUAUUAGAUGCACUUGAACACAAGAUGGAUGAGAUUGGUAGCGACCUCAAAAAUCAUGUAAUAGUUACAGCGAAUGAAAAAUUACGUGGAGAUAUUCUUCGCUGGCUGAUAACAAUCAACUACAGCCCUCAGCAAGAUCGUUAUAUCAGGACUCGACACCCAGGAACUGGUCAAUGGUUCCUCAACUCGGCAGAAUUCCAGAAGUGGCUCGGUGCAUCCAACCAGACGCUGGUCUGCCAGGGGUUUCCCGGUGCAGGGAAGACAAUCAUGACAUCUGUCGUCGUUGAACAUCUUCAGACCCAUUUCCAGCAAGGCUCCCAUAGUGUCGCGUAUAUAUACUGCGACUUCCAGAAACGGGCCCAGCAGAUGACAAUAGAUAUACUAGUCAGUGUUUUGAAACAGUUGACUACGAAGCUGGCUAUCACACCUGAUGGCGUGCGGGACCUUUACAGCCAGCACCAACACGACAACGUACUUUUUUUGGAGACUGCUGAUAUUUCGAAAGCAAUAGUACGUGUUAUUUCUGGGCACAAGAGAGUUUUUAUUAUAGUUGAUGCUCUAGAUGAAUGCCCGGACGCCAAAGAACUUGUGUCUCAACUCUUGCAAAUCCAGAAUAUGACUGGCGCAAAUCUCUUUAUUACUUCACGCCCUGAUAAAGACAUGAAAAAAAGGUUAGAACAAGGCAUCUUCGCAGAGAUUCGGGCCACAGUCCAAGAUUUGAACAUAUACAUUGACCAGCGUGCAUCCGAGCUGGUAGCAGUCGAAGCAGAUGAUGAAGUAUUUCAGGGGGAUUUUAGGGCAGAAAUGAAGCAGCAAAUUACCGAAAGCGUUCAUGGGAUAUUCCUCCUCGCACGAUUUUACAUAGACUCACUUGCUGAUAAGACUACUCGAAACGAGAUUCUUCGCGAGCUGAAGUCACUACCAAAAGGCCCACUUACAUACGAUGAGGCAUAUGGGAAAACUAUCAAGAGAAUAAGAACUCAGCCUCCGCCACGCCUGCGUCUUGCAAACCAGGUUCUCACACUUCUCGCGUGUGCAGAGAGGCCCCUAACAAUGAAAGAGCUUGGAGAUGCUCUUGCCGUGAGGCCUAGCCACUCUUUACUUGACAAAGGUGACAUUCCUAAUGGCUUCAUUAUUGUCACUGUAUGCAUGGGCCUGGUGAUGGUCGAAGAAGACAGCGGAAUCAUCAGGCUGGUCCAUCACACAGCUUUAGAGUACUUGCGUGACAACACCGCCUGCCUUUCCUCCUUGGUCAAUCCCGCGAUUCCCGACAGCGUCACUGUGUUUGAUGCACAUAAGAACCAUGCAGCGUGGUGCGACGCGCAUCGAUAUUUCGGUACUAUAUGCCUUUCGUACCUCUCACUGGCCGUUUUUGGGAGCGGAGCUUGUCUUCGCAAGGCGGAAUUUACAGAGCGUCUCCAGUCAAACCCGUUAUUUCACUAUGCCGCUCAUAACUGGGGCCAUCACGUACGACAAUCGUUAGUAUUAUGUGACGAGGUUAUGAGUUUCUUCAGAGAACCGUUGAAGGUUGAAGCUUCUGCACAACUGCUAGAGACAAUGCUAGGCUCUGAGGGAGUAUGGCAGGGUUAUACAAGGCAACUAACACCACUACACUUGGUUGCAUAUUUUGGGAUUCAUAGCGCAGUGCAACUGCUCUGUGAAGCUUCUGCAGAUGUGGAAGACAGCUUCGGCCGCACGCCAUUGUUGUUGGCAGCAGAAAACGGGCACGAGGCCGUAGUACGGGUGCUGGCGGCCAGGAAUGAUGUCAACCCAGACCGUAGGGAUAUCCGUGGAGACACACCGUUAUCACGGGCAACGAAGAAAGGGCACGUGGGGGUUGUGAGAGCACUGCUGGAAGCCGGGGCCGAUGUUGACAUUGAGGUCAAUGGUCACAAGGAGUGGAAUUGCGGCGGUGUUAAGUACCAGACCUGGGACAACAUGACGCCACUUCACCUCGCCGCCCAGAGAGAUGAUCUGAUCAUCGUGAGCCUACUACUCAAUUGGGGAGCCAAAGUCAACAAACCCUCCACCAGCCACUCUACUUCACGGGAAAUAAUCAAGAACCCUCUAUCGUACGUUUGUAGUCAUGGAUCUUCCAAUGAUGGAUACAGGGCUACGAUGAGGCCUCUAUCGUACCAUUCUAGCUAUGGAUAUCCCGAUUAUAGAUACAGUACUACGAUGUACAACAGCGACCAUAGAUUCCGUGGAAUCUGCAACAAGAGCCAUGACGUAGUUGAGGUCAGGUCCCAUACAACAAUUUCUACAGCUCUUCACAACGCUUAUAGCCAGCCUAUGGUCAAAAAACUACUUGAACAUGGAGCAACCAGUAAAUAUUCUGUUAUCCACAAUCCAACGGGUACAGAAUCACUAUCUUCCUUUUCUCUAGCUUCUCUUCGCUAG